AAGUAGAACGUGACUGCCCAAACUGUGGUCCCGGGGGCGGAGGGCUCAGCUUCCCGAACUCUAAAGCCUGGUGCUUUUCUCCCCUCUGCAGGAGCCUGGCGCGACCCCCAGCCGUGCGCCCCGCCCCGGCGCCAUGCAUUGCGAGGUGGCCGAGGCACUUUCGGACAAGAGGCCAAAGGAGGCCCCUGGUGCGCCCGGCCCGGGCCGCGGGCCCGCCGGCCUGGGAGCGCACAUGGCCUUCAGGAUUGCCGUGAGUGGCGGCGGCUGCGGGGACGGGAACCCGCGAGAGCUGCUGCCUCGGCUGCCCGUGCCACCACCCCGCGCCCACGACCUCCUCCGGCCCCGGAGUCCUCGCGACUAUGGCGUGUCCAAGGCCGGCGGCGGCAAGGUGAACGGGAGCUAUGGACACUGCUCGGAGAAGAGCCUGCUGGACCUGGACCUGGCCGAGGGUCCCAGCCCUUCCUGCCACCAGGGUCUGUUUCUCCCUGCAGGGACUCCACCGCCCCGGGGUCAUCCCCCUGUCUGCGAGAGGCUGCUUCAUUUCCCCCACCCUAACAGGUCGCCCAGACCUCAGGCUACCUAUGUGAAUGGCGGCAGCCUCCCAGCAGCUCAACACAUCAAGCAGGAAGCCCUACCUGACUACCAGGCCAUGGCCAGCGCCCACACGCCCCUGCCCACCCACUGCCGGGCCCCGUCUUCCACAAGCCUGCAGUCAGAGCUGGACUUCCCAGGCCGAGGCCUCCCUAACCCUGCACCUUCCUGCUACCUUCUGGGCAGUGAACCUGUCUCAGGCCUGGGUCCCCAGCCUGAGGCCCACCUCCCCGAGGGCAGCCUGAAACGCUGCUGCCUCCUGGGGCUGCCCUCCACCUCUUCAGCCGCCUCCUCACCCUGUGCCUCCUCCGACAUCAAUCCUGUCGUCCACUCUUCCCAGACAGCUCUAGUCAGCUGUGUAAACGGACUCCGGAGCCCACCUUUGCCGGGAGAUCUCGGGGGCCCUCCCAAGCGAUCCCAGCCUGAGCCUUCAUCCAGUGACAGCCACGAGGGCAGCUUGCAGCUCGAAGCGUGCCGGAAGUCAGGCUUCCUGAAGCAGGAGCCCCUGGACGAGUUCUCGGAGCUGUUUGCUCCCCACCAGCAGGGCUUGCCACCCCCCUACCCCCUGCCUCAGUUGCCGGCCGGCCCCAGCCUCGGAGGCCUGGGGCUGGGCCUGGCGGGCAGGAUGGUGGCCGGGCGGCAGGCAUGCCGCUGGGUGGACUGUUGCGCGGCCUAUGAGCAGCAGGAGGAGCUGGUGCGGCACAUCGAGAAGAGCCACAUCGACCAGCGCAAGGGCGAGGACUUCACCUGCUUCUGGGCCGGCUGCGUGCGCCGCUACAAGCCCUUCAAUGCCCGCUACAAGCUGCUCAUCCACAUGAGGGUCCACUCGGGCGAGAAGCCCAACAAGUGUAUGUUCGAAGGCUGCAGUAAAGCCUUCUCCCGCCUGGAGAACCUGAAGAUUCAUCUGCGGAGCCACACGGGCGAGAAGCCAUACCUGUGCCAGCACCCGGGCUGCCAGAAGGCCUUCAGCAACUCGAGUGACCGUGCCAAGCACCAGCGCACCCACCUGGACACGAAGCCAUAUGCUUGUCAGAUCCCUGGCUGCUCCAAGCGCUACACGGACCCCAGCUCUCUCCGCAAGCACGUGAAGGCCCACUCAGCCAAAGAGCAGCAGGUGCGUAAGAAGCUGCACACAGGUGCCGAUCCGGAGGCUGUCCUGUCAGAGUGUCUGGUGCUGCAGCAACUCCACGCGUCCACACCCCUGCCUGCCAGCAGGGGGAAGGGCAGCCAAUCCCUGAGCCAGGAGCUGCUCCCAGCAGGUGUGUAUCCUGGCUCCGUCCCCCCGCAAAAUGGGCUUGCUUCAGGCAUCCUGUCCCCCUCCCAUGACGCCCCUUCCAGGCACCACCCGCUGGAGGUCACCACUGGUUCCCACCACCACCUGACCCCUCUGCCCACAGCCGAGAGCACCAGGGAUGGCCUGGGGCCUGGCCUCCUCUCACCCAUGGUCAGCCCACUGAAGGGGCUUGGUCCCCCACCGCUGCCACCAUCCUCCCAGAGUCAGUCUCCAGGGGGACAGCCAUUCUCCACACUCCCCAGCAAGCCAGCCUACCCACCCUUCCAAAGCCCACCACCACCUCUACCCAGCCCCCAAGGCUACCAAGGCAGUUUCCAUUCCAUCCAGAACUGCUUCCCCUACGGUGACUGCUACCGGACCACUGAGCCAGCAGCCUCCAGGGACGGCCUGGUGGGUGAUGCCCAUGGUUUCAACCCUCUCCGACCCAACACCUAUUCCAGCCUCAGCGCACCUCUGCCUGCCCCAGGCUACGAGGCCCUGGCAGAGACCCCGUGCCCCACGGUACUGCAGCCACAGCCAGCUGAAGACUUGGUGUCCAGUGGUCCCGAGGACUGCGGCUUCUUCCCCAAUGGGGCCUUCGACCACUGCCUGAGUCACAUCCCCUCCAUCUACGCAGACACCUGAAGGAGUCCUGCUGUACCGGCCUGCCCAGCUCCUGACACUACUUCACCUGCUUGCCCUCAGCCCUGGUGCUUCCCGAAGGGGCAGCCAGGCCACAUCCCGGGGGCACUUCCCUGCCUGGAGGACGGCCUGCUCUCAGAGCUGCCUGCCAGAAACUGUGGCCCUGUGGCAGUCCCUCGACUGUCUCCUCUCUCCCCAAGGUUCUCAGAUCACAGACCUCGUGUAUAUACGAUGUACAGGACCGCUUUUCCACCUCCCUAUGAGUUUUAUAUUUUUGGUUUUACAAGAAAAACAUUAAAAACUGGAAACUAGA